AACAACUGACAGCUCUGCUUACUGAUAACUGAGUCUGCUGGAAGCUGCACACCUUAAAAUGUCUUCCCACAUUUAUGAGGAUCCAGAUUUGACCAUUAAAUUUAAAUAUGGAAACCGAGACGACAGAGAGGAGAGACUGGAGAGAGAAGUCGACAUCUACGAGACUUCGGACGUCUACACCGACCAGAAGGCUCGUUCAACACGACAUAGAGAAGUGCACACUCAGUAUCACCUCCCAGCAGCCCACAGAGACCGCUUCAGAGUUCCUGCCCUGAUACUGGGUCUACUGUGUCUCCUGUUGGUAGCGGGGCUCACAGUCUUCUACAAAUUCUAUGUGGAGCUGACGUCUGAGAAUGAGAAGCUGACGUCCAAGAAUGAGAAGCUGACGUCCGAGAAUGAGAAGCUGACAUUGGAUCUGGAAAGGAUAAACUGCCAGUUUGGAAACGACAACCAAACACAGGCGAACACCACAGGAUGGAAAAGAUUCGAGUGCAGCUGUUACUACAUUUCUACUGAGAGGAAAAACUGGACAGAGAGCAGGAAAGACUGUAAGAGGAGAGGAGCAGAUCUGCUGGUGAUGAAGACCAAGAGCAAACAUGAAUUUUUCAGAAAGCUGAAUAAACACAGAGAAUUCUGGAUCGGUCUGGAGACAAAGACAAAGGGCUGGUCAAAGACAUGGGAGUGGGUGGACGGAUCACCACUAGUAUAUACAGGCUGGAAUACAGUUGCAAAAUCCAAUCCUGAGGAUCAUUUCACCGCAUUUAUGGCUCUACAAGGAACAUGGAACUACACCAACACUGGAUCGAAACACUGGAUCUGUGAGAGGGACAUCUACUGAGAGUUUCCUGCUGACCUCUCAGUCUGACAUGUGUAACAUGUAACUGCACUGAUUUUAAUAGAGAAACUGAACUGCAUCAGUCAGAAGGUACAGCUGUGUGAAGUUAAAAUUGACCUUUAUGUUUUGCUGAGUGUGCAGUCAAAGUGAAAAGUCAACAAAAGUCUGUUGUUGUGAAACUUUA